UUCUCUCUCUCUCUCUCGUUCUCUCUCUUGCCCCUGUCCCUCUCUCUGUGCCUCUGUGUAAAGCUUCCACAAAAGUCUCCAGAAAUAAAGCGGCCGUUUCCCUUUUUUAUUGUUGCGAUCUCACAUUCCCGACCGGAUACAUCCCGAGCGUCUGAAAAACUUCCUGGAUACCUCCCUUAACAACCAGCCGACCUCCCGGGCCUGGCCAGCAGCCUUUUAAGUGCCAUUUCAACCCUUUAUUACCCUUUGUUUUUGACUCUUUUUAAAAUAAAAAAGAAAACCUCGGAGAGGAGGAAGUUGAAGGAUUUUGUAUGAAGAAUGAAUCGUUCAAAACUUCUGAAAUGAUGAGAAGUGAAUUCAGAAGGUUGCUUUCUUAAACGUGCGAACCAUCUGGCUUGAGAUUUGCUUAACAAAGUAUGUUCAUUGAAGGAUGCGGCCUACUAUGGAUUCAAUUAGAAGAAGAUUACAUUGGUCUUGAAAGUCAACACUAGUCUGCAGGAAUAAGUAGAGCUGAAAAUACUGCUUUAUUUCAUAACAUAAAUUAUCCUGAAGCUCAGAACCGAAUUGAGGAUUUUUGGGAAUCAUGUACAUCGUGAUUGGGAAGCAGCCGGUUCUCUCCAUGUAGCACUACUGUACAACUCCUAACACUCUGAAUCAUCCAACAGCAUUAAAUGAAUGUGGAUUAUUAUGAGACAGUGACUUUAUACAAAAUGGUGGUUUUUGAAGAAAUGGUUCCUCAUUGAGCCCGAACAUCUCCUUGAAUACUUCGUACAGUGGGCAAGCACUGUACCAUAUGGUCACGUUUCAGAGACCAUGAUGACAUGAAAUCCGAAGGUAUCAUCUGACUUUUGAUAUCUUUGGGGUGUCACGAGCAGAAACGUGAAAAUGAAUGGAGGAAACGAAAAUGAUGGUGAAAAAGAUGGUGGGGGAUCAGCAGUCCAAGUUCCAAUUGGAUGGCAGCGGCAAGUUGAUCAGAAUGGAGUGCUGUACAUGAGUCCAAGUGGCUCUGUAUUGGCCUGCAUCGAGCAAGUUAAAACAUAUCUACUUACUGAUGGAACUUGCAAGUGUGGCUUGGAGUGUCCUCUUAUUCUUUCAAAGGUGUUCACUUUUGAUCCUGGAGCAACCGUCAAGCAAAGAACAGCAGAGGAUGUCAAAGCUGAUGAAGAUUUGACAAAACUUGCUCCACAGCGAAAAAUCAUUGCUGUAGCUACACUACAUAAAAGUAUUGAGACACCACAUCCUUCCUUGCUUCUAACAAGCCCAGGUGGUGGAACAAGUGGAACUCCGAUGGUACAAUCACGGGCUGCGACUCCUAGAGCAAUGAGGAUAAGUCACAAGAGUGUAACAAAUUCUGCAGUGCCAGACUACAAGAAUACAUUUCUGCCUAAAUUGAUGGGGGGUCCAAAUGCUGCAGCACGGCUUUAUCAACAGGACCUGUGUGGAAGUCCCCAGCAAGAACUUCAUGGUUAUUCUAGGCAAAGACUAGGUAGCAAUGAUCAAGGGCAAAAGUCUCCAUAUCGUGGAAGUCAUGGUGGUCUGUCUAGCCCAGCAUCAUCAGGAUCACAGAUCUAUGGAGAUGGUUCCAUAUCUCCCAGGACUGAUACAAUGGGAAGUCCUGACGUGUUUACAAGAAGUAAUCCAGGCUUUCAUGCUGGGCCAAACUCCAGUCCUAUUCACGUAAAUAGAAUUCCCCAUUCCCCACCCACAGUUCUGAUACAGAAUUCUUCGUCCCACUCAUCCUGUGCUAUGGCUGGUAGGACUUCUAUACCUCUUUCACCGACAAUGACUACAAAAAGUCCAGUAAUGAAAAAACCCUCUUGUAAUUAUUCAUCGAAUAUGGAUAUGCCACGAAUUAUGUUUCACAAACCUCCCCAAGGACCCCCAACAUCAUGUGCUCUCCAGAAAAAGCCAUUGCCCUCAGAAAAAGAUCCAUUAGGUAUCCUUGACCCUAUACCAAGUAAACCUAAUCCAGUACUUAUUAAUACAUCCAAUUUCCAGACAACCAUGCACUCUCAGGUACCUAUGAUGAAUGUAAACAUGCCUCCUGCUGUCGUCCCUCUGCCAAGCAAUCUACCAUUGCCAACAGUUAAGCCUGGCCCAGUAAAUCAUGGAACUCAUGUACCACGGGUUCAACAUUCAACUUCCACAUCUGUGUCUCCUGCUCCAGUUACCUCUCCAGUACAUAUGAUUGGACCUGUAAUGGGAAGAAUUGAGGCAUCACCACAAAGGUCGCGGUCAUCAUCCACAUCCUCUGAUCAUGGAAGCUUAAUGAUGCCACCUGCAGGUCCUCAGUCAAGCUGCAGUGGAAUAAAAGUCCCUCCAAGGUCGCCAAGGUCAUCCAUGGGUUCUCCAAGACCAUCUAUGCCAUCUAGUCCAUCUACCAAGCCUGAUGGACUACUUCAUCAAUACAAAGAUGUUUCUAAUCCACUGUUGGUUGGAAUGAACAAUGUUUUGAAUCCUCAAAAUAACCCUUUGUUUCCAUCUGUAUCUGUUGGAAAUGUACAACAACAAAAGGGUCAGCCAGGUUUGCUAGGUAUGCCCUUAAAUCAAAUUUUGAACCAGCAUAAUGCCGCCUCAUUUCCAGCAAGCAGUUUACUUUCAGCAGCAGCCAAAGCACAGCUAGCUAAUCAAAACAAACUGUCUGGUAGUAACAGUACUGGUGGAGUUGGCAGUGGUGGCAAUAGUGAAGGACACAGCACUUUAAAUUCCAUGUUUCCACCGACUACAAACAUGCUGCUUUCAGUUAAUGAAGGUCAAAGUGGACGUGCAGCACUGAGAGACAAAUUAAUGGCACAGCAAAAGGACCCUUUAAGAAAGCGGAAGCAAGCUACCCCUACAGUAUUGAGUAUGCUGAAACAGUCUCAGAUGAGCAGCUCAGGAGUUCCAAAGUCUGUGAUUGACUCGUUAAGGAAACAAGGACAGAAUUCAUCUGUGCUAUGAACUAAUACAUGUCUCCAGUUACUUCAGUCUAUGAGUUCACAGAGUUCUCAAAUCAGUGGCAAUAGCAGUGCUAGUUGUGGUGGUUCCACUGCAGGUAUUUCUUGUUCAUCCAACCAACAUAACUUUUCAAAUACCAGUCUGAACUCAGGUUCCAUUCAUAACCUAUCAGCUCAAAAUUUAACGAGAGGGGAAAGUAUUUCUUGCCAGAAUACAAAUAGUAAUUUAAUCCACAGUUGUCAGGGCCUAAACAAUCAAUUUGUUGGGUUAGUCGGACAGCCCCAUGAUGGUGGCAAUUGUGGGCUGCUUCAUCAAUCUGGAAUGACUUUGGGAAAUAGUUUGCAUUCCAACCAUCAUUCAAGAAUUGCAGCCUCUUCAACAGUAAUGGUACCAAACAGUAGUGGCAUUUGUAGCCAAACCAGUGCUGACGCAGGUAGUUCUGGCCAGUCAGCAUCCAUGGCCAUUGCUGGCACCAACCAACUUGCCAUUACCAAGACAACAUCCGUUCUGCAAGAUGGAGUUAUAGUUACAACAGCAGCUGGAAAUGCAUUACAUAGUCAGAUCCCCAUGGGGGCCACACUUCCCGUCAUUGGUCAGAACCAGGCUUUUCAGUUUGGACAUGCUGUCCCUACGAGUAGCAAUCAUACCCACCCUGUGAACCCAAAUCUCCUUGGCUCUCUGUCCAUUCCUUUAGCAAUGAACCAGCAACAGCUCCUGAACCAGAAUAUGCUGAACAUGUUACCUACAUCAGGAGAUGGCAAAGGAGAAGUCUCUGUUAAUCCUUUGGGAAUUCUGAACCCAAAUUUAAAUGCAGCUUUGACUUUGCUUCCUGGUGAUUUGGCUGGACAGACUUUGCAACCUGUUCAACUUUUGGCAACGUUGUUUCAAAACCAGACACAGACUACAAUGCUACCCCUUACAUCAUUUAACUUGACUCUCCCAGAUUUAUUACAGCAACAAAACCACCCUUCACCUUCAGUGACACAGAUCCAACCCUUGCCAGAUCAUUUGCAUAGCAAUCAAUUAGUUAGUAACAGACCAGAAACCCUUUUGACAAACCCUCUGGGGAACCCUUUACCAAGCCUUUCAAGCAAUGACACUACUACAAACCCUCUCCUCCUCCCAGCUGUCACAGCAGCCCCGGGACUAAUGGCCCUGAAUCCCCAUCUGUUGAGAAGUGUUCUGCACUCUCCUUUGGACCAUGGUACUAAUCAUUCUGAGGUUUCCAUAGCAACCUCAUCCCAGGCAACCACUACUACUACCACAUCGGUAGCAGCACUUGCUGUCUCUACUCUUGGUGGGACAGCAGUUAUGUCAAUGGCAGAAUCGCUGCUACCUAUUUCAGCUGCUGGGCAUGCAACAGGACCUACAAAAUUGAACAACUCUUUGCUACCACACCUCCCUUUGCUAGGAGCCAACCUUCUUGGUGACGUAUCUUCAUUCAACAAUACUUUGAACAACCCACAAUUAAGCCAUCUCCAGACCUUGAUCAACAGCAAUCAGAUGCUUCCUCAGACUCAUCAUCAACUUUUACAAGGUCUGCAAGGGACUCAGGGUCUUCAGGGGUUUCAGGGUCACUCUUCACUUUCGGGCCCAAGCAACCCUCUAAACCCCAUGGCAUGUGUUUUUCAAAACUUCCAGGUGAGCUCAGCCCAUGAUGUCUCACUUCCAAAUGCACCUGUGAACUCUGAACCAGGAACAAUAUUACUCUCCGAGGCCUCCCAUACUGCACCUCCCACUUUUCAUGAGCUACCCGGUGACCAACAUCGAAUAGAACAGAUUCAAGCAAAGCAAGACAGAGAACAGGCACCGACUGUUGGUCCUCACGACCCUUCUGUUGAUGCUAUAUACAAAGCUGUGGUGGAUGCUGCAAGCAAAGGAAUGCAAGUUGUGAUCACCACAGCAGUGAGUAGUACUUCACAAAUGAGCCCCAUCCCGGCCCUGAGUGCCAUGAGUGCCUUUACUGCCUCCAUUGCAAACCCUGUGAAUCUUUCCAAUGCAGUCAAUGCAGUGAUUCAUGGGAAAAGACUUUCCAGCAUGGAGAACGACAGUCGACUCAACAAUCAAAAUAUCCUGGCAAAUAGGCAUGCCAGAGGAGUGAGGUUGCGCAAAAAUUCCGAGCAGGCAAAAUUCACUGCUGAGGGGGAAGGAUUUGAAUACUUCAAAUCACCAGGUCGCAACACUCCUAAAAAACAAUGGGAAACUGAACAACAGCCAGUUGAUGCAGCGUUGUGGAAAUGUGAGAAGUUUCUAGAACACUCUGGCCAAGUAAAUCACAGUCCUUCAGCUGAAAGGAUGCCUUCCUUUCAGGGAGAUCAGACUGAUGCAGGAUUACAGCAGAAAAACUGCCAGCUGGACAAAAGAUUUCACGAGGACAGCUUUAGGUUUAAUAGUCAAAAAAGACACAUUGUUAACAUUAAAGAAAAACUAGAGAGCACUGUGGAAAGAUGCACACAUAUCAACGGAAACCGGUCUCAGCAGAACAGGAACUUUGAGCUGCUGACAGCCCCCAAACAAGAACUUGCCAUAGAGGAGCAAUCUCCAAGUUCUUCAGCUAGUUUGGAGGGAAUGCCAGGCUCUUUGGCACAUGAGUAUAUUUACAAUGGAGAUUAUAAUUCAGAAAACAUUAAUGGAUGUGCUCCAAGUCCGUCAGACACUAAAAGCAUAAGCAGUGAUGAUGAUUUGAGGAUUCCAGAUUCACCAUCUAACGAAUUAAUACACUACAGACCAAGGACGUUUAAUGUUGGUGACUUGGUCUGGAGUCAAAUAAAAGGAUUUCCUUCCUGGCCUGGUAAACUGGUGAGAGAAGAUGAAGUACACAGUUCUUGUCAACAAAAUACUGAAGAGGGGAAGGUCCACCAGACGCAACAGAAGGAGAGACAAGUCAAGUCACCAAAAGCCAAGAGGCGAAAAAUUUCUAGAUAACGUUCAAUGUCUUCAUCACUGAUAUAGGGUGGAACUGUAUGUAUAUAGAGUCUUAAUAUCCACGACGCUACAAGGUGCUAAUGAACCGUGGUACAGUGUUUCUUCAAUAAUGAGCAAAGAUUAUAUGCUGGAUAGCUCAUCAGAAACCUUGUGAGAUCAUGGUUACAGUUUAUCUACUGCUUGCCUAAAAAAAAAAUGACAUUUUCUACAAUACUAAAAUCAAGAAUAUCAAAAAUUGAACAGUCCAAAUGUUUCUGACAAAUUUUCAUGUGUAUAUAGAUUAUGCAAAAUUUCAUGGUAAUAUCAAAUUGUAAAUACUGUAUAAAGUUGUCAUGUACAAGCAUACUUAAUGCACAGUUUAUCUUUUUCUUGUACAAAAUAGUGUACAAAAUUCUUUGGUUUCUAUUGAGUACACAUACAAGAGAUUACCAGUGUAAAGAGGAUAAAUAAAAAUGCCGCUUAAAGCUUUUAUAUGCAAGAUGCUGUUUUUGUAUUUAGCAGCAGAUGAGGCAUGGUUAUGUGAUAACUUGAUUAUGGCAGACACUUCACACCACCAAUGUUCAUUUCUAUUCUGUUUAGAAUUCUGUCCUUUGUGCAAUGGCAUGGGGGUCUACUGCAGUCCUACAUGCAAACUUCAUGUAAAAUUAAGUCUUUAUUCCCUCACCUUUUCACCAUUCUGAAUUGAUGUGUACUGUUUUAAUGGUAUUGUCUGUGUUUUCUUAUCAGUCAGCUUUUUUGCUGUUUUAUGUCAAAACAAAUGUUUUAUUCAUCAAAAAUGCGUGCUUUUAUAUUUAAUUUUGCUUCUCUUUGCUUUAUUCCUGAACUGUCUUGUAAUGACCAACUUUGCUCUUUGUUUUGACAUUGAUUUGUAUUUUCUCACAUGUAUACUUUACAUUAGUAGAACAUGUAAAGUAUGUUGUGCACUUGAUUUUAAUUGGUUGAUGGCAUUUAUGUGGAUGAUAGGACUAGUUUGUUCCAGUCCAUGCAAGUUCUAUAGGGUUUUAUGGUUUCAUGUAAAGGACAGUAAUUGUAAAUAUUGUGAACAUUACAGGUCGUGCAGUGUUGUAACAUUUUUAAUAAUGUUGCACCUACUUUACAAUUAAAAACUGGUCACUCAUACUUGAAUUUCUGCUUGUGGAGCCAUUCUUUACCAACAUUUCAAGGUAAAAUAGGAAUCCUAAUGCAGUGUGGCAGGCCUAUUUUUAACCCUUUUAUUCCAUGAAGAUUUUUUUGAAAAAUCCUUUACUGUUUACAAGGAUAAUAAUUACAUUUGUAUUUUGAGGUGGUCAUCACAUUUUUUUCUACACUGAGUAAAUGGCGUGACAACAAGUACAGUAGAACAAUUUUGUACACUGAUUUACCUGUUUGAACCUCUUGGCCUAGAAAAUGAAAGGCAAUAUCAAACUAAUACUGGAUUUUUAAUUUAAUUGUUUUCCUUCCUGGUACUGAAUUGGCCAAGGGUAUUGUCUGAUUUGUCAAAGCUUCUGUGAAGCCAUCACCGAAUUAAAGUACAGAUUGGAUCAGCGCAGUGAUGGAUGAGAGUGGAUUCAUCGACAGCACAAACACUAAAGUUCUGGUUGGCAGUCCAGAUUUUCAUUAGAUCUCAUUUGGUUAGUUUAACCUGAAAACAUGUAGACCAAGCUUUUUGCAGUUGUUCUGAAGGCAUAGUCCAGCUUCAGCAACAUCUCUAGUAUGCACGUGUGCAAUUAAACACAAAAAUCUGGACCUUGUUGUCAGUCAUUCCCUGGUCCUCUAAAGGUUGCACUUCUUUGCAGUAUUCUUCAGCAACAUCUUAAGUUUCAAUGAACACAUGUGAACAUGUGUUCUCUUUGAAUUAUUAUCCCUGUAAAAUCCCUUGAAAACCUUGAAAAUGUACUUCAUUGCCUAAGCUCUGAAUUUUUAAUAUUGCACUAAACCAUAAUUACUGCUUGG